GGAAGAGAAGACGAAGAAGAAGGCGACCAUGUUGAUUUAAAGGAAGAAGAAACACAAAAGAGACGAUUUAUUUCAAGUAGAAAUCCGAUAUUAAAGCGAAUUUUAAGAAAUUACUUGAGCAACCACACACUGAGUAUCCAAUGUAAAAUAAAAGACAAACUAAGGGUUACAAGAUUGAGUUGUUGGCUGACAUUGAGGAGGCAGCGGGUUAAUCACGGCCACACUCACACACGUCACACACCGACCUGAAGACCUGUGGUGCCCGGCGAGAGAGGGUCAAACACCUGGAGGAGAAAGGAAACGCACACUGAGGACUAAAAAGGGGUGGAAAGCUUUUUGGCUUUGGACUAGAAAACCCCUUGUAUUUGUGAAUUCAGGAUCCAGUUUUUUUCACACAGUGGAGCGACGCAAUCCACACAGUGGAAAUAAUAAAAGGAAAACAUUUCAGACUUUAUGAUUUUGGGGAAAUACUUGUACAAAGUCGGACAACCUUGUUUUCAAGGACAGGGAUAUUGAGCAACUCUUUGGACUCAAAGUGAAAAGAGGAAGUUUUGUUCAAUUUAGAAACAGAAGUUUAAGCGUUGAACUAAAAGUGAAUAGGCUGUUCCCCAAGUUCAGAUUGCCUUAGUAGUUCUAAUUCAGGACUUGAACUGCUUUGAUACUUGUUCACAUAUAAUUUUUCUAUUUGUGCGCAAGUAUAUUCAUGCAUAUGAAUGCAGAUUUCUCUUCAUUUUGAAGAGCUCUUGUGUAUAAACGUGUUUUUUUUUGUUGUCCUUGUACGUCAGUCACUCUGUUUUUGAAGGGGACCGAACUGCACGUACAUGUGUAUAUGUAAAUACUACAAAUUGACUUCUGUUGUAAAAGCUUUGGACUUACAAAGAAUAGAGAAUAUUGUUUGUUAAUGCUUUAUUAAACUUUUUUACUUUUGAAGAGAAUUUUUAAAAAGAAAAACCUAAGGAUACCUAAGAGGCAAAAAUUGAAUACUUUGAAGAAGAAAAAAACAAGGAAUACAGGAAAUAUGGCAACGGCCAGAACAGAAAACGCUGGCCCCGUCAUCAUGGGACUGAACAAGCAGAACGGGCAGCUCAGAGGACAGACCAAACCAGCUCCAGUCCAGCCAGCACCCACAACUCAAGGAAAGACUUUGGCUGGAGCCCAGACAGUGGGCGGUGCCGCUCAGGACGGAGGAGGCAUCAAGUUCGGAGACGACUGGAAAAAGAGUCUGAAGCUCCCUCCCAAAGACACCAGGGUCCAAACCUCUGAUGUGACGUCUACCAAGGGGAAUGAGUUUGAAGAUUACUGUCUCAAAAGAGAACUCCUGAUGGGCAUCUUUGAGAUGGGUUGGGAGAAACCUUCCCCUAUCCAGGAGGAGAGCAUUCCCAUCGCACUGUCCGGACGGGAUAUUCUGGCCCGGGCUAAGAAUGGAACGGGGAAAAGUGGAGCCUAUCUCAUCCCGAUGCUGGAGAGAAUAGACCUGAAGAAGGACUACAUACAGGCACUUGUCAUGGUGCCCACCCGUGAGCUGGCACUGCAGGUGAGCCAGAUCUCCAUCCAGAUCAGCAAACACCUGGGGGGGGUCAAAGUCAUGGCAACCACAGGGGGCACCAACCUGCGAGAUGACAUCAUGCGUCUGGAUGAGACCGUGCAUGUGGUCAUUGCCACGCCUGGUAGGAUCCUGGACUUGAUAAAGAAAGGAGUUGCAAAAGUGGAUAGAGUCCAGAUGAUGGUGAUGGAUGAGGCGGAUAAGCUGCUGUCUCAGGAUUUUGUGGUGCUCAUUGAGGAUAUCAUCAGCUUCCUGGCCAAGAACAGGCAGAUCCUGCUCUACUCUGCAACCUUCCUCAGCGUGCAGAAGUUCAUGGCCAAGCACCUUCAGAAACCCUAUGAGAUAAACCUGAUGGAGGAGCUGACUCUGAAGGGCAUUACUCAGUACUACGCCUACGUCACCGAGAGGCAGAAAGUCCACUGUCUCAACACGCUAUUCUCCAGGCUUCAGAUCAACCAGUCGAUCAUCUUCUGUAACUCCACUCAGAGGGUGGAGCUGUUGGCCAAGAAGAUCACUCAGCUGGGAUACUCCUGCUUCUACAUCCAUGCCAAGAUGAUGCAGGAAUACAGAAACCGUGUGUUCCACGACUUCAGAAAUGGACUGUGCAGAAACCUGGUCUGCACAGAUCUGUUCACCAGGGGGAUUGACAUCCAGGCUGUCAAUGUGGUCAUCAACUUUGACUUCCCCAAGAACGCUGAGACGUACCUGCAUCGUAUUGGAAGAUCAGGGAGGUUCGGUCACCUGGGCCUGGCCAUCAACCUGAUCACAUCGGAGGACCGCUUCAAUCUGAAGUCCAUCGAGGACCAGCUGGUGACCGACAUCAAGCCCAUCCCCAGCAGCAUCGACAAGAGCCUCUACGUGGCCGAGUUCCACACGUCCGGCGGAGACUGCGACGUGGAAGAGAUUGAGGAGAAACCAGGACGCCAACAGGACAGCAAAUAAAAACAGGACACGCCGGGCUUUAGCAAAGACGUCACAUGAGCUCCAGGCAACUCUUCAGUUCUCUUGUAUUCAAAGCCUGUCAAAUGGUUAUCAAGGCGUUUUAGUGUUUUAGCAUUACCUUAUCUUCCCUCAUAAAAAGCUGCCUCAUUUUUUUUUUAUUAAUACAGAAGCGAUAUUGUUUUGCACCAAACUCACGGACCAUGCUUCCUGAGUUUGAGCCUGGUGUAUUUACUGGGAUGUAUCUCAGUGACACAGCAGCGCAAGUGAGCAUCAAAGCUGUCUUGAAGCCGUCGCUCCUGGAGACAGUUUCCAUUAUCCCAGCCUCUUUACCGUUAAAACGGUGCACUUCCAGUGGCCAUCGUCCUGUCCACUCACUGUUGUCGUCACUUAAGUGCCUUACUUAUACUCCCAUGUGCACUCAUCCCUUCAUAGCCUGCUGUCUUCUGUCACUGCAGCAGAGUACGAGCACAACUACGAUGAAUUUAACCUUAACCCCAGUUUAUUUAAAAAAACAUCCAUUAUGCAAGGGAAAAAGACAACACACAAUCUCCUUAAAAAACAUCCUGAAUGUGAACGUUUAUUUUAAUGAGAACGUUGCAAUAAAAGAGGGCAGCUUCAUUUAAAUACUGCGUGACGGUUUUUCCCUUUCACUAUGAAUAAUACAGAGUUUAGAUGGGUAAAAACAAAAGCCCCACCAUACUGAUUCAUGGAUGUUAGCCGCACAGCAGCACGGGGGGAUUAAUAGCAGCCUCAUCCUGUGACAUUAUGGCUGUUUUACAUUUAAAUAACUAUCUGUUAGGCUAGUGAAUACUGUACUCCCAUUGGCCACUGAAGCUGUGAGAGGACGAACUGUCCUCCCCUGCACGCUGCUACAGCUCAGGAGCAAGGCAUCAGAGGAGGCUUCUCAACAGUUUUGAUGGAAACAUUUGCCGUUAAUAAGUUGAUACACUAUUGAGUUUCAACGGGUCCAAGGAAUAAAUGUUUUGGUGCAAAACAAUAAUGUUUUAUUUUUCCCAGGCUGUUUCAGAUUCAGUAAGAUUUUGUGGAAACAAUGAGCAUUUUUGCAAAUCCAAAGUUGUUGUUUUUUUAAGCCCCUUGAUGACAAAAUUGAAGUUGGUGAAUGUAUACGUGAAAACUCUAUCCCAAUGCCAAGCUCUUCAGCAUAUUUCACCUUUUUUUUGUUGCUGCUGUUGGAUUAGAAACUCCUCUUCUGGCUUUAUGAGCUCAAAUCCUGGAUAUGAAACUGUCGUAAAGUCUUUAGAGACAACAUUGAACUUCGAUUGAACUAAAAAUCAGUUUUCUUUCUACAGCAGCAGCAAUAUCUUUUUAUUUUUUUCCCAGCGCAGAUAUGUUGGAUCAUUAUUCUAAAGAAGUGAGGGGUUUGAAAGCAAAAUUGUAGCAUCUCUGAACAGGCAGCUGUGACCUCCUUGUUUUGUCCUCCCCUAACAGAGCGUCACAAAUGUUUAAAAAAAAAGACAUAAAAAAGAAAGUAUUUUUGCUUUUAAGAUUUAUUUUUGAUGUUGCUCAAAGCUGUUUUUAAAGAGGGGGAGGGGGGCCGUCAGGCUCACUUGGGUAACUGUGGAGGUUUGUUUUUUUUGGGUGGGUUUGCAAAGCCGAGUGUUUUAUCAGAUGCUAUCCGGGCAUCUUCUCUCUGGCACUUAAAGCAAAGACAAAAGCUUUGAUUUAAAGUUGAUUUCCCUCAGAACACCUUGUUUUCUCCGUGUUUGAAGUGCCAGAGAGAGCGUUGAGUUGAACAGGAGAGAGUUUCUGGAAACCGUCACAGCACUUUGGUCUUCUUGAACCGACUCCAUGUUUUUGUGACGGACGAUCAGAGCGCCACUACGUAUUUCCAGCCACUCGAUCCUUUUUGUUCUAGGGCAAUCUUUAUACGAGGUGUCAUGAAUCAUUUUGAGGAAAAACAAUUGUAAAUGAUUCAUUGUUUACACUAUUCGUUUACAAUUUUAAAAAAAAUAAUCGGAAAAUACUUUGCUUCAUGAACAAGGAGGAGGUUUUUGUUCUUUGAAAUAGAAUUUGGGGAUUUACUUUGAAGCAAAACCAAAAUAGGAGAAUGUUGUGUGUGUGUGUGUGUGUGUGUGUGUAUGUGUGUGUGCACGUGUGAGUGUCAUGUUUUUGAAUGAGUUGAGGUGUGUGUUUGAGUGUGAGUCAGGCACAGGAGACUGUUUUAAAAAGGAAUGUGUGUUUUUGAGAGAGAGAAGCUGUGACUGGCGGAUUUUGUUAAAAAAACUGUUAAGUUUACAUGUAGCCUCAACUAAACAACAAAACUAUACCAGGAACUGACAGUUUCAGAGACAUUGGAGCCACUUCGGUUUCUUGUGCAGAUCAUUUGGAAAUCGAAUACAAUUGUUAAGAGUUAAAGGCUGCAUGUAAACGUAACUGCAUGUCUUUUUUUCUGUUUUCAUGUGAAGACUCGUCUUGUGUUUGUUGGCGAUGUCUUAAAUAUCAGUAUGGCUGUUUACAGUGUUCAGGGAUGUGAUUUAUUGUUUCACUUUUUCCGACUUUCUCCAUCCCAGGAGCUCCAUUUGUGGACAUAAUACUCAUUUCUAAUGACACAUUUAUAUUUUAUGUUUUAUGUCUCCGAUCACAUCCCUGACAGUCAUUCCAUGAUCGCCUUUGUGACUAAUAUAACAUCAGAGAUACAUACAGUAAUAUUUGUGCUAUUUUUCAUGCUCAAGGUCAUUUUACCUCCCUGAUCUUGUCAUAAACUCAACUUUCACUCAAUUUGAGACUCAAUAUUAAACGUCAGUCCAGACUUUUGCCUCAACCUUAAAGUAAAAGAUUCCCCGUCAUUACAACUUUUGACUGUUUUUUUUUUCUCCAUACACAUCACUGAUAAAUGGAGGCAUUAUACUAAGAGUCACAAAGGAGGUUAUGAUAAAUAUUGAUUGUUGAUUUUGUCAUCUGGUGGUGUUGAGACAUCUUUGUGUCUGUGUGUCAGGAAUGAUGGCACUGGGGGGAGGGAUAUUUGUCAAACUUAUUUGAAAGAAAAACAUUUAAAAAGGGUGACUAUUUGAAUUCAAACCGGCAGUUUUGGGAUUCUGCAAAUUCUAAAUUGGUUGGGAGGGGGAGAAUUUUUUUACUAAUUGACUUAAAACUAGUAUUAAUGGGUGGACUGCCUCUAAUAUUUCUACUGUGCAUAGCUCAAUUGAAUUGGAUCGGUUAAUUUGCUGCACUAAUGUAGACUCACCCACGCUUCUGGCCUUUCCUGCCAAACUAAACGCUGAGCUCAGCAGAAUUGUUGUAGUAUGCUGAGUCACAGUAGGAUUUCCCCUGCAACAUGGAUAGAAGACAGACUCUAAAUUGGCUCUCAAAUUAUUUUUUCUUUUGUUUUAAUGUAGCGGAGGAUAGAGUUGCAAUUGCAGUGUUUUCUCAACAUGGAUAGUAAGGAGUGCUAAUACAGGAAUCUAAAGUGGCAAAAAUGUUGAUUCAUAUGUUUUUUCUCAGUUCAGCCUUUCCUGUACUUAUCGGUACCUUGUGGUCCUACUUUGGCCAAAAGAAUUUAAAGCCACAUUGUCAUGUAAUAUUUGGAUUUGGAUUGUAAUAACCUAAAACCAGUGUUUUGGAAAUCUAUUUAUUUUCCUCAAUGGCUCUCUAUAAUUUCCUUUUCAUGUCAUUACAAUGAAACUCAAGUGGUACCAGAAAAUGUCAUUUUAACAUUGUUUGUUUUUUCCUUACGAACUGCAUUGCAGAGGCACGAGGUAUCCCAACGACUCGUGCUGAGCACUCUGUCCUCUACUGUUGUUACAUGGAAAAACAUGCAGGGGUUAUAAAUUCAAUAAAUUGAUCUGAAAUUUACAA